AUGAUUGAGAAGUCGGAUGACGAGGAAGAACUUGUCCCACCUCCACCAUCUCAAUACGUAUUCAACCCGCCUCCUCGAUUGUCCCGUCGACAGCCGCAUCACCCUAAGAGUGGUCGCAAGACAUCCAAACUGGAGGACUCAGAUGAUGGUGGCGACUCUGAUACUGGCAGCUACAAACAUGUUCCAAGCGACGAGAGUGAAGAAUCAGACCUGGAGCCAGUAGAGUCUAUCGCUCAGGCUCUGCUGGAAGAGACUCCUGCGAUCGCAAGUUCAGACCGCCAUAGUAAGAAUAAACAGGCAAAGAUGGUUAGGGUUUCAAGCGCCAGAGAGAGAAAACGUGCCAUGGAAACCCCCAAGUGGAAUGAGUCAGUCUCAACCAUCUCGGAGUUCGAUUUGUCAUUGGUCAUGACGGAUGACAGUAUUGUACCUAAGGAAGAAGAGAUUGAUGAAGAUACUCAAUGCAGUGCCUGCGAUGUUGCUGGUGCACGAUCCAAGAAAGCCUCAGCUCGUGACCCCAUGGCUCGUCUUGUUUACACCAGGACUGGGUCAGUGCGUCUUACUGACCAAAAUGAUGACCUUCAUAUGGUCAUUCAACAUGGUAUUCUUGAGCUGAAGGCAUACAUUGCCUUCAAUCAUGGUUACCCUGAAGUCAUCGCCAAGAAUACUUAUGGGCGCGAAAUACUUACCAAUGCUGUGCAAUAUCUCAAGGCAACACCAAUUGAGAAACGCAUGCGCACUGAUAAGGGGUACUUGAGUGCGCUCGUGGGCUUAAUCGACACUUGUGCCAGUCUCUUUCGUAGAGAUAUCAAGGAUGCAGCCUGCAAGAACAUUGUAGGCUAUUUUCAGCUUGGCCUGAACUGCAGUGCCAUCCUCGAGCGCCUUCUACCGGAUCAUCUAUACAUUUUCCCGCAGACUUUUAAUGCGCAAGGGCUUCCAUCCCCGAUUUGCAAGAAGCCAUAUCAAGCAGAACCUAUAUUCACCAUCCUUUUCGAGAUAUUUUUUAAGAAUAUAAAGUCCAUCGGCUCUCAAGUUCCUCAACGGUUCCUCGACAUUGCGAAAAACAAGGCACAUCGCCCCGAGAUCCCUAUUCCCAUGUUAUCUAUCGUCUGCACUGCGAUCUACGCAGCUCUUCUUGGCAAGAAGAGCAAGUCUAAUGACGAUUUCAAGUUCACAGGCAAUCAAUUUUGCGACAACUACAGCUACCAUGUCUCCGUAUUAGAACAAAUUCGAGCGACAGCACCCAACAAAUUCCACAAAAUGAUGUCGGACAUAUAUGAAGAAGUCCAGUGUCUCCGCCUGGAUACUUCUGGAACUUAUUCCCAGGAUGUCAGUCUCACAUUCCUGGACAUCGAUGGCAUGGAUGACGAGUAGUUCCGUUCGACCAUCGAGCAGCGCCGAGUCAGACUUUCGAGGGUGAUUUCACUCAUUAUAUUGUUUUAUAGUAACAUCUAGUCGAACCAUGCUCAUUCCUUAC